AUGGCCGAGCGGUCUAAGGCGCUAGGGUCAGGUCACCUGAUCUUAUAUGUUCUUCGGAAUAUUCCUAGUCUCGAAAGGGGCGAACCGUAUCUCAAGGCUAUGGACACCGUGCCCAUACAGGAUAGGGCUCGAUCAUGCCAACAUCAAUCUUCCAUACCCGGCUUCGAUCAUGGGCCAGCCGCGGGAUACCGGAACCGGCUAGUGCCGGCGGGAACAAUAUGUUCCGGGACUUACCAACCAUUGGCCCCCAAAAAGAUCCGAUCAAGUGUCACGUGGACGGUAACCAUCGGUCGGCUGCUGACCAGCCGUCAACUAUUGUUCUUCAGUGCCUCAGACAUGGUUCGAACAACCGUCCAUAAAAUCCUCGUUCAUCAUGAUAAGACUUUGGAUGCGGUAGAAGAAGCUGCGGCACAAGUCAACAAGCUUCUUCUAAAUGACUUGAAUGCAAAAGUCAAAGCAUACCCAGCCAUGGAUUUGACGCAGUUGCUACAGUUCAAGCUCAAAACCUAUCCCCCUCUACGUCAAGCCUUUUCGCAGUCGGACUCGUCCUUCGCUGGCGAGCUUCCUGAACUCUCGACCACCAUCAUCGGUCUCAAUGAUCUUAUCUCGCGCAGUGACGUAAUCUGGCAUCUAGGGUCUACCGCAGUGCUAGGUCUCACCCCGAACCUGGUUAUGAAAGUCGGCAAUGACAUCGAUGUGGAUCAUCUAGAAACGUUGGAAUAUAUAAGACAACAAAACCUACGUAUCCCUAUGCCGGAAAUCCAUGGUGUCCUUCGACAGUCAGGCACCGCGCGGAACUUUGUCUUCAUGUCGCGUGUCCCGGGAGAGCCCCUGGAUUUGAUGUGGAAGACAUUAAGUCCGCAGCAGAAAGCCUCGGUUAAGGAACAGCUCAAUGCAAUCUUCACUGAUUUGCGAUCAGUCCCUGUUGCGCCAUCGGAUGAACCUAAUGCGGUGUAUGGUGGCGGCAAGCCUCGCCGGUGUAAAGAUACCCGAAGGCAGAUCCGUAUGGCGGACGCGCCUAUUGGCAAUGAAUCGGAGUUCAACCGCUUCCUAUCUUCAGACCCCCGACGUACCGAAACGGGUAACAUUGCGAUGAUUCGAUCGUAUUUGGGAACCGACCACAAGCUCGUGAUGACCCAUGGGGAUCUUCAUCCUCGAAACAUCAUGGUGGCUUUUACCCCGUGCUCACCCGACCACAAUAGAGUCAAAGGACUGUGUCUGCAUCCAUCCGAAGCCUUGGGUGGUCCAGAUGACCUACCCUGGGCGCAGGUAAAUAUCACAGGUAUCUUGGACUGGGAAAUGUCUGGUUGGUAUCCGGAGUACUGGGAAUACGUGAAAGCACUGAACACGAUCUCUCCGGGGGGCGACUUCGACGAUUGGUGGGCGUAUUUGCCAACGACAAUUGGGGUUUGGCCUAAAGAACAUGCUGUCGACUUGAUGCUGAGUAGCUGGCAUGGUUGA